AUGAGGGAAAGGGCCAAGGGCUGGUUCAUUUUUUCCACUCGACAGUCUCUCCAGGACGAUUGUGGGGCCGCGGGCUCGCCAAGCACCGACCGGGAGCCCCGCGGUGCACCCCCCCCCUCCCAGGCCCGAGCGCAGAGCGCCGCCGCACGUCGAGGCGUCCGGGGCGAGCGGCUCAUGCUGGCCCUUCCCCGACGCCCGGCUCGGCCACUCUGGCCUCGGGGGAACGAACCGAAGCCGAGCAGCAGCCUGAGGUCGCCUGGCCCCGACGGACCACUGGGGCGGAAGGCCCGCCAGCCGCCGGACAGAGCGGCGACCGCCCCGCUGCGCCCAGACCCUGCGCCUCCUCCGGCGGGAGCCCGCGGGGUGCAGAGGCACCGGCAGCCGCGGCGCCCCUCUACGCACAGACACCCCCCCCUCCCAGCAGCGGGGCACGACCCGCCCCUCGCGAGCCUACCUGAGCCGUGUCGCGGGUCGGGCGCAGGUGAUGAGUUCAGGCGAGCAGCUGGCGGAGCGGAGCGGAGCACCAGCCGCACUCACCCUGCGGAGCUCCGGCGGUGGGCGGGGCCCGGCCGCGACCCUGGCGCGCUGGUCACGCCCACCCGCGGAGGCGGGGCUUCUGGGCACGCCCGGGGCCACCGCAGGUCCCCUCCCACCUGGGUUAGCGCAGCCCACCGCGCAUCUGCGGGCGGAGGGACCCGGCCGCCCAGCCCUCCCGGCUAG